AUGCCAAUGGAUUGUUUGGUCAACUCGGGUCUACUAGAAGGGCAGCAAUCCAGAACUCACCUGUCUCACCUGUUUCCUCUGAUUCUGUCUGAGAUCAUCGCACUGAGCAAGGAGGACACAUCAGGGGAUCCCGUCCAUGCUGUUUUAGGCGGACCAGAGCCAGAUGUUGAUACUGUGGCUGCAACACUGUGCUUUGCACUGCACCUCAGCCAGGAACCGUCAGGUGGAGUAUGUGUGCCGGUGCUGUGUGGCCACCGAUGUGACGAUGCUUUGCCCGGGGAGACAGCGAGGUAUCUGCAGACGGUAAAAAUUAGUAAGAGCUCCUUGCUGUGGAGGGAUGAUAUAGACCUCAUAAGGCUUCAUCACAGAGGAAAACUUUCACUGACGCUGCUGAGAGAUGGACUGCUGGAUGGCUCUGAGUAUCACACUCUGCAGUCCAGCAUCCUGCGAGUGGUUCAUCACGAUGGACAGCAGGAUGCAGGGGAUGAUGGGGUACAGUCCGCCGUGACAACAGUCACAAGGGAGAUUCUUCAAGAAGCAGCAGAGCAUGUCGGAGCAGCGCUAGGGGACACUCUCGGAGAGGCCUUACGACUACAAAGUGAAGCUUUUUGGAUAAAACGUGGCCGUCGCUCAUCGCAACUUGAGGAGCUUGCAAGAUCUUUGGAGCUUCAGAGUGAUGUCACUGCUGGUCGACACGAUGAUGCCAAGCUCCAAGACUUGGAGCAGCAGUUGGCUAUAGAGCUGAAGGAGUUUUCUGAUGGAGAGAUGACCGUGGCACUCACUUCAGUCACCACUGAUAAGGAGGACUGGCGUGACUAUGUGGACAUGUUGAAAUCAUUCAGUCAUCAACAUGACUAUGAUGGCUUGGUGGUUCUCCUGUCAAUAGAUGAUACACUUCAUCAUCCUCGCCAACAGAUGGCUGUCUACUCAAGCAACUCAGAUAUCCUUAACCAGAUCUGCUGUGAGUUGGAAGAGUGCUCCAGCUGGUCUCUUUCUGGUGAACUGGAAGCCAAGGAGAGUCUUCAGUUAUACCACAUUCCUUAAACACCACUGCAUCUUCUGGUACUCCUCCUCUGCUGGUAGAAGAAAUCCAGGGCCCUCCUCAAAGACUUCAUUGACAGGCGAAGCUCUGUUUUAGCCUGCCAUCCCAGCAGUAGGACCUCUUCCACAGAGGGAGUGGCAGGUAGCGUGGAAUUCUCCAGGGAUCAUCUGGGAUCAAUGACAUGGAUGGAUCUGACGUGGAGAGAGCUGAGGAAGGCAGUGGAGAUGUUGUAGCAAUAGCAAGGGUGAUGGCAGAGGGUGAAGAAGACCCAGGAGGUGUAGGAGUUGGUGCUGGUGGGGAGCUUGUGAGCCCUGACAGUGGUAUGACCACCAUCCGCAGCAGCCGUUCUUCAAAGGAGAGUUCAGUUUUCCUUAGUGAUGACAGUCCAGUUGGUGAGGUUACUGGUGGAGGGCUCACAGCAGGACAGGGAGGACUCUUCCUAAGAAACCUUUCUCCCUUAGGUUUAUUAUCCCUUUCCCCUCCUGUCCCUCCUGAGAGGAGAAAGCACCACUGUAGCAGAAAUAAGAGUGACUUUGACCUGUUUAGUUUUGACCCACUGAAUAACAACGACCACUCUUUGCCAACAGGAGCUGAACUGGCAAAUUUAGGAGCAAAGGGAGAUGGAGUAGAAAGAAGAGCAGGGAGCGACAGCUUGUCAGAAAUUGAGGAGCUAAGCAUGCUAGAUUUUUCUGCUCCUAAUUCUUUUGGCCGACUUGAAAGUUUCAAUUCUUCAAUGGACCACCAUGGUAACAUGACUGACACUGUGGUUCCUCCAACCCCCGUCAACAGUGUUGUAGGUAGUCGCCCACCCAGCAGUUGUGGGGUUAGGUUUUUUCCAGAAGAUGUUGUUGAAAGGAUCAAUGGCCUGCAGCAAAAGGACAGUGUGUCAUCAUCACUCUCAGAGACCUGGAUGAACUUGGCUUUGACGCACAUGGUGCAUUGUCAUCAAGUGACAGUAAUGUCUGGAAUAGGACCAAAGAACGU